UCAGAGGCUCAUCUGUAUUUGACUCUGAGUUGUGGAGAAGCUGCAUCAGCCACAGGGGUUCCCAUGGCUCAGCUGCCCAAUGACUCCUGGCACAACGACUCAGCCCUGAUCUUCACCGGCCUGGACCUGCUCCUGGAGCUGAAGCCGCUCUUCAUCCCACUCUACGCCACGCUGGUGGUGGUGGCAUGCAUCGGGAACCUCUUCCUCAUCCUCCUCAUCGCCCUCACCAAGAAGCUGCACUGCACCACCAACUUCCUGAUCGGGAACCUGGCGGCGGCCGACUUCAUCAUGUGCCUGGCCUGCGUCCCCCUCACCGUGUCCUACGCCUUCGAGGAGCGGGGCUGGCUCUUCGGCAUGUUCAUGUGCCACUUUGUCACCCUGCUGCAGGCUGCCACCGUCUUCGUGUCGGUGCUGUCUCUCACGGCCAUCGCCAUCGACCGCUACGUGGUGGUGGCGUACCCGAUCCGCAGGCGGAUCAGCCGCAGGGCCUGCGUCGGCCUCGUGGCCUGCAUUUGGCUGCUCUCCAUCGUGGCCUCUGUGCCCACCUCACUGCACACCCACUACUUGGACCUCAACGCCAUCGGCCACGACAUGAUCAUCUGCGAGGAGUUCUGGAAGCACGAGGAGAGGGAGCGGCUGCUGUACUCGUGCCUGAUGCUGCUGCUCUCCUACAUGCUCCCGCUGCUGGCCGUGUCCGUCUCCUUCUGUGCCAUCACCUACCACCUGCGCAGGAGGAAUGUGCCGGGCGCUGCCCACCCCUGCCAGGCCAAGUGGACCAGGACCAAGCACAAGACCUUCCGGGUGCUCACCAUAUCCGUGGUCUGCUUUGCUGUCUGCUGGCUGCCCCUGCAGGUGGUCAACUUCAUCCGGGACAUCGACGAGGAGUUCACCAUCCUGGACAAGAGGUACGUCAAUGUCAUCCAGGUCUCGUGCCACCUGAUCGCCAUGAGCUCUGCCUGCUACAACCCCUUCAUCUACGCCUCCCUCCACGACAAGUUCUGGUUCCACCUUAGCAGCUACUUCUACCGCAAGAAGCAGAGCUCCAGGAGCAUGUCCUGCAAGGCUUCCCGCUUCAACACCUGCUCCACCCUGGCAGAUGCUCCCACCGGGACCUCGGACAAGAUAGCUUUGCAGUCCAGGUUAUCUUAGAUGGAGGGCCUUGAGGGAUUGGGUUUGCAUAGCCCAAUAUCCCAAACCAUGGCUGGGACAUAUCCCUAUAUCCCGAAUCAUGGCUGGGUGUAGUAGAUGUCCAGUUCUACAUUUGGAGCACAAAGACUUCACCCCGUGGUUUAUGCAGGAGGUGGGUUGGUGUCUGAGCAAGGCAAACUCCCAUUGUGUAAAAAACUCUUUGGAGAGCGCACAUCUUCAUUGUGUAGAAUAUAGAUUGUUCCUAAGCAACAGGCAGCACUUUGUGCCACGGGAAGAGGUCGACUUGCACGGGGAACUAUGAAAUUGCUGUGCAUUUAUCCUUUAAAAUUGUGUCUUACUGGUGAAAAGACAAAGUAGUACAAUGUGCAUUCUGCGGGUGCAGAUUGGGGGCACGUUGCUGCUGACAGCAGGUGGCUGGUUUGGAAUGGGUGUGACUUUCAUAACCUGCUUGGCCUGCUGGAGGAACCACCCCUGUAACCAGACAGGGCAUCCCAAUUUCUCCAGCCAAAGGUGCAAAGGUGCAGAUGCAGCUGAGCACAUUGUUGCUCUUCAUGGCCAAAUAGGACUCAAAGGAUCUCAAGUGAUGAGUUUGCUGGGAAUGAUGCUUCAAAUUCUGCUCCCAGGGAAGCUGAGGUUGGUGUAUGUCCACGUUCAGGAUCCUGCAGUGGAGGUGGGAAUCCCAGUGCCAGGCUGUUCUAUCCUAGAAGCUGCUAGAUGAAGGAUGGGUCUGCUUGUCAGUGCUCCUCAGUGUCUGAAGUGCCUCUGUGGCCUCUCAGGCUGCUCUGUGCAAGCAGCACAUGCAGAAGGCAGUGUCUCCUUACACCCAAUACCCAUCUAGGUUUUAACCUCUUGAUUUCCCAGGAGAAACGCUUGGGAACAGCCACAGGCACCAGCACCACUGUAGGCACCACAGCUCAGGGCCAUGGCAGCUCCCAGCUCUGCUCUGUGGGGCCGAGCUGUGACCUCCCACUGCUCCUCAUGCCCAAGGACAGGACUUCAAAGCCCCCAGCCAACAGGACCUCAGCCCUGCACAAAGCCUGCCCAUGGCACUGGCCAGCAUCCCUGCUUCUGCCAGCAGCUGGGGAGCAUCCAGGGCAGACAUAGCUGGCUGGACCCCAACAGGAUCCCACAUCCACUCUCCUUACACCCCUCAUUCCCUUACACCCACUCACCUUCUGGCUGAAGCCCUCAUGGUGGCCCUAGAAGGACUCGUGAUCUUCUGUGGGUUGACCAGCAGAGACAGGGACCCCUCCAAAGUAGUGCCAGUGACCUCUGUCCUGUUCCCACAGAGCAGCUCCCUCCUCGGCUUCCUGCAGCUUCCCUGGGCCUGGGCUGCUCAUCCCAGAGAAGCCAAGCAAGGCAGAAGAUCCCUGUGUGUCCUUCCUGUAAUAAAGGCUUCAAGAGCU